GUCACGAGGGUGAAAUACCCGGAUGUUGCAGCUUCAGUUCUGGUUCUGACCCAGAAGUUCGGAGGAGCUGCCGAACCGGACCGACCCGGACCGACCCGGACCCUGGAACCAGAACCGACCUGGACCCGCCCGGAACCGGAACCAUGUGAGCCGAACCGGGCCGGAACCGAACCCGAGGCCGACGACGUCACCAUGCCCGGCCGCGGCCGGCCCCGAGUGUUCCACGCCGUCGUCGUCAUCUUCCUGGAGUUCUUCGCCUGGGGGCUGCUGACCACGCCCAUGCUGACGGUUCUCCAUGAGACGUUCCCGCAGCACACGUUCCUGAUGAACGGCCUGGUGCAGGGAGUCAAGGGCUUCCUGUCCUUCCUGUCGGCUCCUCUGAUUGGUGCUCUGUCAGACAUCUGGGGGAGGAAGUCCUUCCUCCUCCUGACCGUCUUCUUCACCUGCGCGCCCAUCCCCUUCAUGAGGAUCAGCCCCUGGUGGUACUUCGCUCUGAUCUCCGUCUCGGGGAUUUUCGCCGUCACCUUCUCCGUGAUCUUCGCCUACGUCGCUGACAUCACAGAGGAGCACGAGAGGAGCACCGCCUACGGCCUGGUGUCGGCCACCUUCGCCGCCAGCCUGGUGACCAGUCCGGCCAUCGGCGCCUUCCUGUCGGCGCGCUACGGCGACAGCCUGGUGGUGCUGGUUGCCACGGUGAUCGCCGUGCUGGACAUCGCCUUCGUGUUCUUCCUGGUCCCCGAGUCGCUGCCCAACAAGACCCGGCUGACGUCCUGGGGCCUCCCCCUCACCUGGGAGCAGGCCGACCCCUUCAGCUCCCUCAGACGGGUGGGUAAAGACUCCACGGUUCUGCUGAUCUGUGUCACCGUGUUCCUGUCCUACCUGCCUGAAGCUGGACAGUAUUCUUCCUUCUUCCUCUACCUGAGACAGGUGAUUGAGUUUUCUCCUGAAGCCAUCGCUGCCUUUAUCGCCAUGGUGGGAAUCCUGUCCAUCAUCGCCCAGACUCUCCUGUUCAGUCUGCUGAUGAGGACCAUUGGGAAGAAGAACACGGUUCUGUUGGGUCUGGGGUUCCAGAUCCUGCAGCUGGCCUGGUACGGCUUCGGGUCGGAGCCCUGGAUGAUGUGGGCCGCCGGGACCAUCGCUGCCAUGUCCUCCAUCACUUUCCCAGCAGUCUCUGCUCUGGUUUCCCACAGCGCGUCACCGGACCAGCAAGGCGUGGCCCAGGGCAUGGUGACCGGGAUCAGGGGUCUCUGUAACGGACUCGGUCCGGCUCUUUACGGUUUCAUCUUCUUCCUGUUCAACGUGGAGCUGAUAGAGCUGCAGCCGCUGGAGAGGCCCCGGCCCGAGAAGGCCGUGGUUCCCGGCCCCCCCUUCCUGUUCGGAGCGUGUGCGGUUCUGCUCGCUCUUCUCGUCGCCAUCUUUAUCCCGGACCGCCGCCCGUCACCCGACACCGCCGCUGCAGGCUCCGCCCACAAGCCCGGUGCCAUGGCGACGGCCCAGAGCCCCGCCCAGGCCACGCCCACCAGCGACGCCGAGGACAUCGAGCCGCUUCUGCAGGACAGCAGCAUGUGACCCCCGGGGACCAAUCAGGAACCUCACUGGGGACAGGAGAAGCCCCUCCCACAGGAAGCCUCGCCCCCAGGAGAAGCCCCUCCCCCUGGAGAAGCCCCGCCCCCAGGAGAAGCCCCUCCCCCUGGAGAAGCCCCGCCCCCAGGAGAAGCUCCUCCCCUGGAGAUUCCGAAACUCUGAAGUUGAUUUUGGUGCCAUUUUGUUUUUUUUACGUGUUUUUUAACAGUUUUUUUUCAGCCACACCGAGACAUUCCUACAACCCUGUUACCAUGAAAACAAUCCCGUUACCAUGGAAACAACCCCGUUACCAUGGAAACAACCCUGUUACCAUGGCGACCUGAAGUUCAGACUGAAACAACCCCGUUACCGUGGAAACAACCCCGUUACCGUGGAAACAACCCCGUUACCAUGGCGACCUGAACUUCCUGCUGCACCGAACUUAAACUUGCUGUUACUGAACAGAAGCUUCUAAACCUGCUCUUGCUUUGUGUCUGUUUUCACCUGAUUAUUGAUCACUGAUCAAUGAUUGAUGAUGAUGAUCCUCUUCAUCCUCCUCCUCCUCUUCAUCCUCCUCCUCUUCAUCCUCCUCUUCCUCCCCCACUUAUACAGGAGGUUUUUAUUCUCUGUAUCUUCUCUGCUCUCGUGCCUCUGAUGAUUCACACGUUCAUCUUUUCCAGAGAUGAACUGAUGAACUGAUGAUUCACUCGUUCAUCUUUUCCAGAGAUGAACUGAUGAUUCACAUGUUCAUCUUUUCCAGAGAUGAACUGAUGAUUCACACGUUCAUCUUUUCCAGAGAUGAACUGAUGAUUCACACAUUCAUCUUUUCCAGAGAUGAACUGAUGAUUCACACAUUCAUCUUUUCCAGAGAUGAACUGAUGAACAGAUGAACUGGUGAAAGGAUGAACUGAUGAACUGAUAUCCAGCUGAGCGGCUGCUCUUUUAUCUGAAGAUCAUUUAGUUUAAUAUUUCUGAAGACGAUUAUUAUAAUAAUAAAGUAUAAAUGUAAAUGA